CAGAUCUGCCACACUUCAUCUAGCUGCCCCACGUCUACCUCAUUUUUUUCAUUCUGCAGAUAAUCGCGUUCAAUACUCCGUGUUUGCCUGCAAGUACAUGUCAUUCGCAGGCACACCAUUAGGUCAAGGCAGACGUCUGGAUCAUAGCACAUUUCUCGGGAAACCGGCCUCCAACGGAAACCGCCCACCGAGUCCUCAGCGACUCGUUCCUACAUCGUUCACCUACGGGGCACCCCUGCUUGGUCCCCGAUCGCCUUCAAAACCAACGUCCUCACGUGAGCGCAGGGCUGUAACCGAUCACGACGACGGCGAAGCUCCUGCACUGACUCGUCCAGGCGGUCCCCAGCUUUAUACCUCACCACCGCAUAGUCCAGAGAAGUGGAGCGUCAAGGAUACCUCUGUCAAUAUCGCUACUGCGUUUACCCAGGCUGCCUACAACAUGCAGGCUGGCAAUCCAAAUAACUCGUGGGCUUCAUCGCGUCCAAUUACUUCCUAUCAUAGAGGCACUUCAGCCGAGUAUGAACAAAUCUCGCGUGCAACCGGCCAGCGUCGCCUUGCUGCGCCGCCCAACCGAUUCAACAAUCCGCCAAACAGACCCCCAUCCCGUGCACCCAACACUCUCAGUAAAGCUCCCUCUCUGCAGCAGGUUCCAGACUCUGAAGGUGAAGAAAACACUGGAGCCCGCGCUAGGAGUCCUUUGGCAGAACUCGCCUCAAAGACACUCGCCAACGCUUCCUUCUAUCUCCGUCGACCGUCGCAUGAACCCGAAGAUUUAUCGGUGGAGCAGCCCUCCGCCAAUGGCAAGAAUAACAGCUACGACUAUUCUGCAGAGGAGCGCGACUUCCAGAAUCAGCAGCAGACGGCGCCGCGCCGCAAAACGAUACUCAGACGGGGCGGAGGUAUGUCUUCUGACAACAAAGCAUACAAGCCAACACAGUCAGAUAUGGAGGAGUCUGACGAAGAAUUUGUGGAUGAUGACAACCGUAAACGGAAGCCGAAGAAAAAGGACGCGGGGCGUCUGACCACUCUUCCGACCAUAGGCGAAACCAAGCGGAGGAAGAAGAAAGCAAAGCCAUCGAAAGGAGCCGCGGCUGCAGAAGAGAGUGAGGAAGGCGAAGAAGAGGAAGAGGAAGAACAGUCUGCACGAGCCUCUCAAACAAGGGAGUCAGCUCCGUCAUUACGUCGGUCUGCUUCCCACCACCCACAACCUUCAGAUGCUCAGCUAAUAUCAGAAGAUGCUCUACUAAAUGCAGAACAAGGACUAACAUCAAUACCAGAGAGAGACGAAUGUCCGCCUGAUCGAGAUCCUCCUCGUCGUCUAUCCAUUGGGGCGCUCCUUGGGUCCUUGAUCAACUAUAGCUGUCAUGGCAUUAUGAACCUUGCCAUAUGGUCAUGGGGAUUCGUCGUCACUGCAUUCUUCUUUUGUGGCAAAGUUUUCGGUACUUUCAUGGGCGUCGCUCUUCUAGUUCCAUUGCAAUGGAUACUAAAGGGUUCUUCCAGUGUCUUUAUGAGGUACCUUGUAGUGGGACUGGCUAUCAUGGGUGGUUGGUACGUUUUACAAGAGCCAAUCCUCAGAUUUACCCCACGGUUUCCGUCUGGUCCUUUGUACACUCCACCCGAAACUCCUGCUUCGAGUAUGGCUGAACUUAACGCUCGCUUGCACCAGAUCGAGGCCUCUCUUGCCGGGCUCGCGUUGGAGAGUGAGCGUACCAAAACCAAAGUCGACAACGAUGCUCGCUCACGAAUCGAUGUUGUCGGUCGGCUGAGUUCUCUUGAGUCUCGGGUGCAGAAGGAGAAUUUUAGAGUCCUUGAAGCCGAAGUUCAGCAUCGUGAUAUGAUUAAUGGAGCAGUGCAGGCAGUCAAAAAAGAAAUGGAGGUGCUCCAGGUCCAAAUGCAGACCCAAGGCUCCUCCAAACCGGAAGGUCCUGUGAGUGAUGAAGAGGCAAGGGCCAGGCUAAAGGCCCUUGAGGAGCGCGUAGGGACCGUCGGAGGAGGCGUCAGGGAGGCUGCUAAAGCUGGUGCCGCGGUCGCCAGCAUGUCAUGGUGGAAUAACGGUAAGAAGGGUUUGACGAUCAAAUCCUCUGAUGGACAAGACGUUACAAAGCUCGUCGAACAAUUGGACAAGGAUACCAUUGCGAAACCCGAUUUUGCGCUCCAUUCCGGCGGCGCACGAAUCAUACCCUCAUUGACAAGUCCGACAUUCGAGAUACGACCACGUACCUUACGGGGCCAGGUGUUUGGCACAAUAACCGGGGAUGGCUACGCCAUUGGUCGCCCGCCCAUUACUGCCCUUCACCAUGAGUCUCAUAAUGGUCAUUGUUGGCCAUUCGCUGGUUCGUCUGGUCAGCUCGCUGUGGUGCUCGCUGCUCCCGCGUAUAUCAAGGAGAUUUCUAUUGACCACGUUGCAAAGGAGGUUGCUUUCGACAUGCGCAGUGCUCCUCGGCGAAUGGAAGUUUGGGGUCUGGUCGAAGGGAGGGAGAACAUUGUCAAGGUCGGCGAAUGGAAGGCCGAGAAAGCUCGAUUGAGGGCAGAGGCUUUGGGGCGAGGGGAGAUUGUCGAGGAAGAGGAAUAUCCAAAGACUCUUCCGAAGUUGCCCAUGUAUGUUCGGAUUGCCGCGUUUGAUUACAACAUCUAUGCGCCUAACCAUGUACAGACUUUCCCUGUUCUGGAUGAGAUCCAGGACUUGGGUGUUGACUUUGGGAUUGUGGUGUUGAGGAUACUGAGUAACUGGGGAAGAGACGAGUUCACCUGUUUAUACCGAUUCCGCGUACAUGGAGAGAGACUGGGUGGGGUGCCGCCACCUUACCCAGAGGAGGUAUUAUUGGAGUCAUAACUAUUUGCUUUUUCUUCCUUUAUUAUUUUUUUAUUUCCUUCCACUUCUAAUCUGCCCAUUUGUAUGUUGUAUGUUGCUUUUAGACAGUCCUGGUGUCGAUCAUUACACAUACCUUCCGCUUAUCACUGUUCUCGCCAAUGCUCCCACUGUCAAAUGUAUCAUAUCUAUAUCUAUAUCCUGAAAUCCAAGUACUGGAGGGU